UAGACUAUUUAUACAACAUGUUAAGCAGAAGUUUCGGUUAAAAUCGCACAUAACAACAGUAUAUGACUGAAUUAAAUAACAUCUGCAUGGAACCCGACGAGCAUAUCUUGCAAUACAUAAGUAGAGUUAAAGAUUUACAGCAGGCAAUAUACAAGGAAGAGAGACUUAAAUCUAAUGGGUUAUCGGAAGAGAAAAUUAAUGAGAUAGAAGAAUUUUCACUGGUAAGUUUCUGCGAAGGUCUUCCGCGAGAUGACAGGAUAGAGAUCAAACUAACUGCGUGUAGGGACAUAUUCGAUGCAUACGAGAAGGCACAAGAACAUAAUCUGAUGAUUGAGCAGGACCGACUGCAUCAUCAAAGGUAUAAACAAACCAAAUUUCUUAGGGAUAGACCGUUAAACAGUAGUAGAAUGGAAACUAGGGAUAGACAGUCGUGGGAGAUAAAUUUCAAGCCGACGCCAAAAUUUUGUGCGCACUGCAACAAGAUCGGUCACGUGAAAGAGAACAUUAAAUACAAAGAAUCUUUGAUGCAAUCAAAGUAUGUUAUAAAGUUCAUAUUUUAUGAAAUGUUUGUUAAUUUAAAAACAGGAUUGUAAUAUCAUUAGAAAUAAUUGUUUUAGAGCAAGACAUUUAGAUUAAGAUCUACGCGAUUUACCCUCUACUUUGACUUGUGCGAUUUUCUUAAAAAUAUUUGUCAUUCAGAUUUCAUAUUUUGAAGAGUAGAUUGAAUUUCAUCAAAUGUUAAUUCCUAAUCAAAUUCAUUGCCUUUAAACAAUAUAUUUUGAAUUGUUACGAUCAUCAAUGGCAAACUGACUUUAAUACAAUUCUAACAAAACAUUUGUAUGAAAAUUAUAUUCUCCAACCUUCCACAUAAAGUAUCAUUAAUUACAACGUGAUAAAUGAUUUUAAUACUUUUUUAUUAUGACAAUAAU